AUGUUUAAACAAAAUCCAAUUCUUAAUUUAUUUUCUGAUGAUUGUGAUAUCAGUUCCUUUUUCUGUCAAAAUAGAUAAUUGAAUAAAUUAAAAAUGUAAGAUAUGGUAAAAAGGACUAACUAAGGGUAUGAUCAGAAGUUAAAAAGAAUCAUAAUCGAUUGUGGAAAUAAAUGUGGAAUUAAAAAUUUAAGAGAAAAUAAAAAUGAAAUAACAUUUAUGAAGAUUAGAAAUUGUUCUAUAAUGUGUAAACAGAAUGUUAACAAUGAAUUACACAAUAUUAAAUUAAGAACAAGAAAUAAGAGUGUAUAACCUUAGAAAAUUGAUAAACAAUUUGAUAUUGGAGCUUGGACAAAAGAGAGUUGGUCAAGUGUCUGAUGAGAGAAUAAAAU